AUAAAAUAAAUUAAAUGAAUUGAGUAUGAUAUGUCUAAAUUUACCUAUAUUGAUACGAACGGAAUAGUUUCUAUUUAUAGCUAAUGUCGGAAUUCGAAAGUAAUUUAUAAGGCCAGCAGAAUAAACGUUGAUCAAACGGUCAGUUGUACUUAAAACUUAAAUGAGCGUGACAUAUUCAAUUUUCACUGUUGCACCUUGUACUUUGAAUUUAAAUUUUUAUCGCAGUUUAUACAAUGAGAUAAUGGUUAUUGGUUCGUGUUGAAAUCGACAAUGGAUAGUAGUAGUGGUGAUUUAUCUUCCGUGAUAGAUAGUCGAUAUAUAGUAAAGUUCUAAUGGUGCAAAAUGCAAUAACAAUGGGACAAAAUUCCAGUUUACCGAAAGGUAGAAGGAAGUCCUUACGAUCAUUCAUCAAAAGAUCUGACUCGAAGGCCAAUUCCUUGAGCCACACUUUCACUUUAAACGAAAACGACGAUAGAGUAGACAAAUUAAACAUUAACAUUGCAAGCGAAGAAGAAUUAAUGACAUUAGAUGGAGUUAAUCGAGAAAUAGCCAAAAGUAUAGUAGACCAUAGGAGAGCCAUAGGUCGAUUUCGUAAAGUUGAGGACUUGGCAGUGGUCAGAGGCAUCGGUGCUGAUAAGUUACAGAAGUUGAGACCAGAAAUUUGUGUUUCGUCACGGAGAAGCCAAAGUUAUACUUCUUCUAGAGCUCAAAGUUAUGACAGUUUGAGAAGUUCGGAAUCUAGACUGACUCUGAAGUCUAAUAAGCUUGUUAAUGUUAAUAAAGCUAGUGUUUUUGAGUUUCAAAAUGUUAUUGGGGUGACACAGGAGAUUGCAGCCGCUAUUGUGCAUUACAGAAACAAGAAGGGGGCCUUCAAACAUGUAGACGAUCUUAUAAAAGUGAAGUGCUUAGACAACUUACGACUAGCCACCAUCGGCAGAUACCUGACAACAGAAGACGAUGACGAAGUGUUCGAGAUCGACGAGAACCGGCCCAGCAUCCUCACCAACGGCUACACCAUGCCCAAUCAGUCCAACAACAAACCCAACGGAAUGCCUCAAAGACUGGCCAUCAGGAACGGACUGAGCACGUCCAGCGCCAUAGAUAUCUUCGAAUUGCUGUCGGCGUACUCGCCCAGGCCGGUCGUGAGGGAAGUUUUUAACUUCACGAGAAACGACGAACCAGCCGUGAGGGUGGCGUCUUGGAACCUGCACGAACUCGCCUACGAGAAAGCCGGGAAUCUGGGUGUCAAGGAGGUCAUUUGUAGGACGAUUCUAGAGAAUGGGUUUUCCAUCAUAGCUGUUCAAGACAUACAGAACGUAAUAGCUCUGAGAAUCAUCUGUGACGAACUAAACAAUCCCAAACUGCAAAGAGUGAAAGAGUGGAGUAAAAAUAACCAUCACAACUGGAAUUUCUGCAUGUUAGAUGUUCACAAUUCGAAAUUGGGAUUUAUUUAUGAUUCAGAUGGAGGUGUUCCUGUCGACUUGAUAUCUUUAAGUGAAGGACCUACGGAUACGAAGAGCGAAUGUGAGGCUUUGGUGGCUUCGUUUAGAGUGGGCAACAUAAAUAUGCAAUUGGUCAAUUUGAUGUUACACAAAGGCACAAACAUCGAAUUGCUGAACCAGAAAUUCAAGGAAUUGACCACCGAGAGCGAUCUGCUUAUGGUUUUCAUCGACUUUACUGACGUAAGAAUGUUGACAGAUGACCACUUCAACAUCGGCAACCUGAAGCCGGUAUUUUCGCAAAACACGAACACCACUUUCGUGCAGCAUCCUACGGCCGAGGCCAGAUCGCACACCACCAACCUUCUGUACAACACCAAACUGCAGAAACAUCUUACCGGGACGAACGGCAUCGUCAAACAGGGUCUCAUCCACCUCGCCAUUCCGAACGGUUGGUCCUGGGGAGGGCCUGCGAGCCCCUACUGUCCCGUCUAUGCGGAAUUGUUCACCAAUUCCACCUCAGACGUCGCCUUGUGAUAUUUAGUUUUAUUUAGUUUGAUUUUAGCCUUAAUUGAUCACAUCUAAGUGAUGGAGAUUUGUGUACGAUGGGCUUGCUGUUAGAAAAUUCGUACUGAUUUUAGAAGUUAACAGAUUUUAUUGUUAUUUUAACCGUGAUUAAUUUAAUUUUUAUCGUUAUUGGCUCCAGUGGCGUAGAUUAAAGAAAUAUAUCAUUGCAACAGUAAUUAAUGUUGUUCUGAAGCUAUUUUCUUGUGGAAUUUUUGUAAUCAACUAUUCUAAAUGAGAAAUAAGCCAUAAUUAACUAAAAAAAUGAUUUUAUUAACUGUUCGACAUCCACACGGAUGCCGUUGUCAAAAUACAAAAUAUUAAUAUUUUAUUAAUAUUAAUAUUUUGUAUUUUGACAACGGCAUGCGAUGUUAAUAAAAUCAUUUUUUUAGUUAAUUGUGGCUUAUUUCACAUUUAGAAUAGUUGAGCAGUAAUUAAAUAGAAAAAAAUCAAAUUUUUAAGUAUAUUUGGAAUCAAAAUUCUACAGUCUGAGGGCGCAAAGGGGGGUUGUAUGGCCGAUUGAGGUCCCUGAGAUUUUAUAACUGAUUUUUAUAUAUAGUGUGUCAAUUUGAAAAGUUGCCACCCCUAUAAUCUGGUUCCUAUAGAAAAUCUAAAAAUAUACAAAAACACGUCAAAUUUAUUUGUGAGGGGGACGUUUUGUAGACCAGUUUUCAACUAAAUUACAUUAACUCUCUAACGGGGGCGAACACAAUCCCCAAAAUCUUUAAUGGAAAGGGGGGUUGAGUGAUACCUCAUUUUAAAGAUCGUUCGAUUACCUUUUCAAAAAUACCACACACAUUAUAUUUAUUUUCAGUACUUUUGGAAAAAUCAAGUGAAACCAUACAGAUAUUAAGUAUCGAAUUCAGAACUCCAAAACUUUUUUUGGAGUAUUGAACUCCAAAUUGAAUUUUUUUGGGUAUUGGAGUACUUAGGAUUAUUUUUUUGGAGUAUUUUUGGAAAAAUCAAGUAAAACCGUAAAGGUAUUAAGUAUCGAGUUCAGAACUCCAAAUUUUUUUUAGAGUAUUGAAUCCAAGAUUUUUCCAAAAGUACUGAAAAGAAAUAUAAGGUAUGUGGUAUUUUUGAUAAGGUAAUUGAAUGACCUUUAAAAUAAGGUAUGACUCAACCUCCUUUCCAUUAAAGAUUUUGGGGGUAGUGUCCGCCCCCGCUAGAGGGUUAAUGUAAUUUAGUUGAAAACUGGUCUACAAAAUGUCCCCCUAGAUUUUCCUAUUUUUAGAUUUUCUAUAGGCACCAAAUUAUAGAGGGUGGCAACUUUUCAAAUUGACACACUGUAUUUUGACCGGCUGAAUCCGAAUAUUUAACAUAAUAAUCCGAAUUUUUGGGUAAGAAUUUGUUAUUAAAAAUUAAUUUUUUUUAAUCGGUCCAUUAGAAGCCGAAAUAUUGCAAAUUUAUUAUUACAAAAUAACAAAUUAUCAAUUAUAUCAGAAAUUGUUGCAUAUAACUUUGCUUUUGUUCAAUUUAAAAAAAAUUAAAGUACUUACCUCGUUUUAAAGCUAUGAUUUAAAGCUAUGAUAAAGCUUUAAAAUGAAUUUUGGAAAAUUAAAUUUUAUCCAUUUUUUGGAUGAAAUUUAAUUUUUUUUAAAUCUUUAAAACAAUCGAAUUUGUUUUUACCGAUUUUUCGAUGGUAUGAGAUCAAAAAAUUUUGGAUCAUGUUAAUGAGGACUAUAGCAGAAUGGAAAACGAACAUUUUGAGCUUUAAUAUACAGUGAGGACGUUUGAGUUGAAAUAAAUUCAUCUCGAGAAUGAGCGAAUUGGGAGAGAAAUCCUGAGACAGGUCGAUUUUUAUUUUUAAAUUAUGACUUUUUGGCAUAUAUAUCAUACUAGUUACGUCAUCCAUUUGAGCGUGAUGACGUAAUCGAUGAUUUUUUUUAAAUGAGAGUGGGGGUCAUGUGAUAGCUCAUUUGAAAGGUUAUUUAAUUCUCUAUUCAGUAAUAUACACGUUAACAUAAUUAUUUAUACAGGGUGUCCAAAAAAAUUAAUUUUGAAUUAAAUUAAUUGCGACAAAAAGAAGAAUGUAUGUAAUUUAUUUAAUUCAAAAUACAUUUUAGUGCUGUCAGAAAACAGAAAGAAAUGUUUUAUUGACAAAAAAUAUUGUUUUCGCUUAAACUCAAUGUUAAAGCUGCAACCCACUUGUCUCUUAGCAGUUUGAACAUUGAAUUUAAGCGAAAAGCAGCGUUUUUUGUGAAAUAAACGUUUUUAUCUGUUUUCUGACAGCAGUAAAAUGUAUUUUGAAAUAAAUAAAUUGCUUACAUUCUUCUUUUUGUGUCAAUUAAUUUAAUCAAAAAAAAAUUUUUGCCACCCUGUAUAAAUAAUUAGGUUAUUGUUUAUAUUACUGAAUAGAGAAUUUAAUAACCUUUCAAAUGAGCUAGCACACGACCCCUGCUCUCAUUUAAAAAAAUCAUCGAUUACGUCAUCACGCCCGUAUGGAUGACGUCACUAGUAUGAUAUAUAGGUACGCCAAAAAGUCAUAAUUUAAAAAUAAAAAUUGACCUGUCUCAGCAUUUUUUUUAAAUUCGCCCAUUCUCGAGAUAAUGAAUUUAUUCCAACUCAAACGUCCUCACUGUAUAAUAUUAAUGUCUCCACAAAAAACUGAACUAACUUAACUAAUAUCUUCUGCGUGUCUCGUAAACCUCCAAUUGCUCUUUAUUGUUUCUAGAAUAAUAAUUUUUUAUUUCAUUUAUUUAUCAUUUAAUAAACACCGAACAUAAACAAAUUCGAUUAUAUUUUUACACCAAAAUUGUAUACUUUAAACUUAUGUAACUUCGUCAAAAAUUGAUAAAAUUUAAUCUUUCAAAAGUUAUUUUAAAGCUUAUAAUCGUAGCUUUAAAAUGCGGUGCUGUAAAUCUUUUUACGUUAAGAGGCUACAAUAGAGCGUCAUCAAAAACGGAAAACGCGGUCCAAGAUUGCGGCUUUAAUUUUGAAUAUUUUGUCGAGAUAUUUGGCACACAUGGUAAUAUAGUAAAGAAUGGCGGUACAUAGCCCAAUUUGAGAAAUAUGUUAGAAUGUGGAAAUUACUCUAUAUAUUAAAAAGAGCCUGUACUGCCAUUAAGAAGGACAAAAAAAUACACUUUCUUCAAAUAAACUUUUUCAUCCCAUGCCUAGAUUUUGUGUCACAUUGAAACUACUAAUUUUUUUUUAUCUCUAACAAGAAAUCGAACAAAUAACUAAUAUUUAAACAAAAUUUACUCUGUGUGGAGUAUGAAGGGAACCAUUCUCGUUGGAACUUUACCGCGCUGAGCAGAUGGGACGUGAAUUGUAAAUUGUAGAAUUCCCUCAUCUUCCUUAGUCUCAGCAUCCGUAUGGCUUGCCAAUUGUAAAAGCCUCGGAGGUGUAACCAGAGAAGGUUCCCAUUGUCCCAUUGUUUUCAUUCUGGUGGGGUGUAGAAUAGCAUUAUGUUGUUUUAUAUGCCAUUAGAGUGAAAACUUAGUCUUUUUGCUAGCAGUUGCCGCUAGGGCAUCUAUGCCAUUUCGUUCGUUGCAAUCCGGGACUGCACGCUGGGGUUUGUUUUGGUUGGAUCAGGGAAAGCAGCAUAUGUGCCUCCUGAUGAGAGACUAAUAAGUUUCGAAACCGGUAGGGGUGCUUGCGGUACUCUCUGAUUGGACUAGAAUAUGGUUCGGCUGUGUUUUCGUUUUGCAACGAAAUUUUUUUUUUUUUUUUUGUAAGCAUUUAUUAGCAAUCAGAAUUACAUAUUCUAUAAGCUAAUUUGAUAACAAGUACAAUAACAUAUAUCAAUGUAUUAUUGUACACUAAAAUGGCGUUAUGAGGUACAUCACCCAGCGGUUUCACCUCAGUUUCAGCGAAGAUCUAUGGGCCAUAAUCUUCGCAAUCUUCUGUUGUUUAGUGGCUGCAGUAAUGGUAAUAUUAAUUGGUUGGGGUGGUCUUCCAAUUUCUCGUGAUGUCUGUUGGCUCUUUCUUGAAUUACUGUGCUGACUAACGGGAUGUUUAGGUCUGUAUGAAGGGUUUGGUUGGAAAUGUACCACGGGGCAUUUGCGAUGGUGCGUAGAAUUUUUGAUUGAGUUCUUUGGAUAAUUUUUGUGUUUGAUUUGCUGGCACAACUCCAUAGUUCUACACCGUACGUCCAUAUAGGUUUUAUAAAUCAGCAGUUUGUUCUCAAUUGAGAGUCGAGAUUUUCUACCUAUAAGCCAAUUAAUUUCUUUCACUCUCAACUCAAUUUGUUUCUUCUUCUUUAAAAUGUGUUGUUUCCAGUUUAAUUUAGAAUCAAGAUGAAGCCCCAGGUAUUUGACGAUGUUCUGUUGUGGUAUGUUGACUUGAUUAAGGCUAAUAUUUGGGCAUUGGUCUUUCCUUAGUGUGAAAGUUAUAUGUGUUGACUUAGUUUCGUUAGCUUUUAUCUUCCAUUUCUUUAACCACUGUCCAAUUUGGUCUAGGUGUUCUUGAAGUUUUAAUACUGCAGCUCUUGGAUCCUCUUCAGUUGCAAAUAUUGCUGUGUCAUCAGCGAAAGUUCCAAUGGUGGUUUGUGGAGAGGUUGGUAAAUCGGAUGUGUACAGUACAUAAAGAAGUGGACCCAAUAUACUACCUUGUGGGACUCCUGAUUGAAUUUUGUUACGGUUUGAUAGUUCAUCCUCCACUUUAGUUUCAAAUUCUCUGUGAUUUAGAUAUGAUUUUAAUAAGUCAAAGUAUUUGUUGGGUAGGGAUUUUUUGAUUUUAUAAAGUAAUCCUGGGUGCCAUACCUUAUCAAAUUGAAAUUGAAAAUGGUUAUUCAUUUUUAAAUAACUAAUAACUGAUUAGGCAACAUACAGAAAUAGUCACUGUCAUUUUGACAAACCUGCGCUAGAUUUCUAAGUGUAAUAGCCGUUGUAUUUUGGUUUAUUUUUAUAAAUAUUUAUUUAAUUAUAAUAAAAUUGUUUUCUAUUACUUCCAUUUAGCGCAACUAUGAGUAUAAUGUCACAAUAUUCAAGUUAUGUCAAAUAAUCCCGACGCACUGUUGCCGAAGUUUCGCAGAACUUUCGAAAAAAGGUGUGCUACUAUCUCCCGAAGUUAUAUUGAUGGCGCGCUACUGUUGGCUCUUAAGCAAAAGCGAAGUUAUAAGCAACAAUUUCUGAAAUAGUCGAUAAUUUGUUAUUUUUUAAUAAUAAAUUAGCAAUAUCUUAGCUCUUAAUGGACCGAUUUUAAUUUUUCAAAGUUUGGUUGGUUUGUUUAUUUAAAAUAAUCAAAAUAUGAUUUGAAAAAAGGGUAUAUUUUUAUUAGUUUAUUAGUUAUAAGCAUUUAAACAAUUAAAUUGUUAAUAACAAAUUCCUGCCCAAAAAUUAGGAUUAUCAUGUUGAAGAUUCGGUUUCAGCAGGUCAAAAUAUACAAAAAUCAGUUGUAAAAUCUCAUGGACCCAGAGGUGUAACCAGGAUGAUCCUAAGGGACAUCUACUUGAAGGUCUCUGGGGAGUAUGGAAUAAUAAUGGUGUUAAGCGUAUAGAGCUCAAAGUACAUCCAAAAGGGGGAGUUAUAACCCCCAAAACCACCCCCUGGUUAUGCCUAUGCAUGGACCUCAAUCUACCACGAAAGCCCCUUUGCCCGUAGACUACUACUAAUCUAUUUUGUAGACUUUCUCUCAUUGUAGACUUUAUUAUUUAUUUAUAACCUAAAUUUAUCUAUUUUAUAACCGUUUUUGUCGAUAAAAGAUUCAUAUGACCAUUUACAAACUUUUUUUUCUGUUGAAACCAGUUUAAACAAAAAUUCCAGUGGCUUACUAAUUCUAACAGCAUUCUCAUUUUAUACUCAAUAUAGUUAAUGUAAAAACUAUUGGUGCGGCACUGUGAUAUGUAUUAUUGCAGGGUAAUGUGAGAGGUUUUACCGAAUGUCGGGAGUUAUUUUAAGAUAUUUAUUACUACACGCUCAUCACGGCUUUUGGGACCCAUACGAACUUGUAUUUUAUGGUAAAUAUGCUAAAAAGUCUUUAAAAUAGAGGGUGUAACAAAAAGGUCGGCCAUAAAUUAAAUCACAUAUUCUGGGACCAAAAAUAGUUCGAUUGAACCUAACUUAUCUUAGUACAAAUAUCCACAUAAAAAUAGUUACAGCCAUUUGAAGAUACAAAAGGGAAAUAGUUAAAAACACAAUGUUUUUAAAAAAACUUUUUUGCCUCUUAGUACUUUUUCGAUAAGCCAGUUUUUAUCGAAAUAUUUUGAACGUUUUGUAAAAUUUACCACAUAUUUGCAUGCAGUUAAGUAAGAUUAUAGAGACCUGGUAAUACUAUUAUGAAAAUAAUAUUCUAUAAUCUUACUUAACCAUUUACAAAUAUGUGGUGGAUUUUACAAAUGUUCAAAAUAUCUCGAUAAAAACUGGCUUAUCGAGAAAGUACUAAGAGGCAAAACAGUUUUAAAAACAUUUUGUUUAACUAACGGUACCACAAUAAUAAUGAAAUUGGAACGUACAUAAAAAUUUGGGGGGUUUAAGGGAACAAAACCCCCAUAAAAUUUUUUUGGGUUCAUAAAUUUCACUGUUAUUUUUUUAAGAUGUUCUUGCCAUAAGAAUGCCACAUGUAUUUUUUCAAUAAAAAAUCUCUAAUAGUUUUCGAUAUAUUGGAAAAAUAGAUUUUCAAUUUGUAACUUCAAAAAGCUGCUUUUUUUAUGAGCACAUUUGUACUAAGGUAAGUUAGGUUCAACCCUGUAUAUUAUGAAACAAGUUUAUCGAAAAUAGGGCUGUUUCGUCGCCGAUGAAAGUCCACAGAGUUUCAUAUUUUGACCGGCCGGCGUAGCUCGGGCGGUAGUGUGCUUGAGUCGAGUGCUGGUAAGCCGGGGUUCAAAUCCUAGCGCCGGCAAGAACAACUAGACAUUUUAAAAAUGUCUUUAAGCCCCAUAUCGAGUCAGCCUGAAUAAAAUGAGUAACUUAGGUAAAACCAGGCGUAAUAAUAGGCGGUUGAAGCGUAGCACUGGCCCUGUUACCUUCCUUUUAUACCGUAGGCCCUAGAUAUAGCCGACUACCCUGCUAUAAUCCCAAAACCACGAAAGCAGUAUAAAACGGGAGACUAUUAUAUAUUUUGAGCCGCUGAAUUAUAAUUUUAAACUUGCCUACAACGCAUAUGCGCAUUUUAUCAAUGAAAUUCGAUAUUUUUGAGACAUUCCAGGUGCCGCUACAGAUAAAAUGUUUUAACAACCCAUUAAUCAUUCAGAAUUAGUCGACGGAUAUUAGUACAGUUAAAAUAAUUAAGACGAUAACUGGACGAUAAUGAUUUAAUGAUUGAAAUUUAAAGUUUUAUCUACUUUAAUGACAAAAAAAGCAAGCUCAUUAAUAGAACCCAAUUAAAAAUUAUUUUGCACAUCAUAUUUGAAACAUUAUUUGGUUGAAAAAUCUCAUUUUUUGCAAAAAAAUAUAUUAAUUUGUCUGGACUAAAUUACAGUUCUGUUUAUCUUAAAAGGGAUAUGUUACUAUCAACAUUCACAUAGUGUUGCCAAACUGAAAUUUGGUAAUUUUGAGUCUUCGAAUUCUGUAAUUAAUCUUUGUAGGUCAUCUUCAUUUUUCCCCAUUCUAUAUCAUCUUCUUUUUUAACUUUCUUUAUGAUUUCAUCCAUUAUCAGAUUAAAUAUGAAUGGGCUCAGCGAAUCUUCUUGUCUAAUGCCAGUUUCAUACUUGAUAGGUUGCGAUAGUUUUCCUUUACAUCUUACCAUAGUUAUGAUAUCUUUUUAUAUAUUCUCAAUGGUUUUUAUUAAAUCCAGUGAUAUUCCUAUAGCGAUACGCUUCAUUAAUUAUUUUUUUAAUUGGUAAUUUUCAAUAUUAACUUUCUUUUCUAAACGAAAAUAAUAUGGGUCAUUUAAAAUUCACAUGUGUUUCGUUCCUAAAAUACAAAACCAGAUUGUAUAACAUUAAUGUCUUUUUCAGGGAAACACAAAUUGCCAGAUUGGCCACGCUCUUUAUGUCAACUUGAAAUGAGCUUUUAAAACGCCAGAUUUAGUAAUUUAUCGCCUUUUCUGUCCACAUGGUAGAACCGCAUACAUGAUGACAUAAUAGCAUUUGUGGUCUCGGCCAGUAUCGUAACGGUGAGCACGCAGCACAGUCACACCCUCGCUAAAAUAACAAACCCUUACGAGAUAUAAACGAAGCACGUUUGUUUAGUCAAAAUAAAUAAAUAUAUUACUGUUCGUUGUUUUUACACUUAUUUUAAUUUAAGUUCAUUGAUUCCGUCAACACACCAACGGAGCAUUCCUUUUUCAUAUAAUAAAUAAUGUAUCGCGUCCCGAAUUCUCACUCUAUCAAACGCUUUCUUCAUUUCUUCAGAUCUAUUAGGCACAUAUAUGCAGGUUUUUUUAAGGAACAAAUUGACCAAAAGACGCAAAAGCAAGUUUGAAAUUAGAAUUCAGCGGGUCAAAAUACAUUAGAAUGCACUCUGAAACUCCAUGGACUUUGAUCGGCCACAAAACAGUCCUGGACUAACGAUAUUUACUGUUAGAAGUAGUCUGUUUUAAUUUAAUUGUUUGUUAUGAUUUCAUACUUAAAUGUGACCGUUAAUUACUAAUAGUACAUAAUUGCUGACUCCGUUGUUUUCAAAACGAGUGGCCUACAUUGCAGAAGCAAUGUCACCCAUUUACGUAAUGUAAACAGUAUAUGUAAAUAAUAUUUGUUUGAGACUUUCAAAAAUUAAAUUGAUAUGGAUGACUCUUAUUUUUUUAUGCUAAUAUAAAUCCUGUACAACCUGACAAGUGACAGUCGACAAAAAUAGUCAUCGUUUCAUAUUGGUUGACAUUUAUGGGUCCUAAAUGUCUUGAACAGCAUAUUCAACACUAUGCAUGUACUAUUUAGAGCACUGAUGUUUGUAUAUAUCGUUUAGGAAAUUUGUUUAUAAAGAAAAUGUGAACUAGAUUAAUUUUUCGGCUAGAAAAACAGAUGUUUGAGCCGGGAUUGUUGAAAUUGUUAAUUUUUGAGUCCCAAAGAUAUACCCAGAGAUAAAAUAAUAUUUAUAAUGAACAAAUUUCGACAUUUGUAUGCCAGGAUUCUUUUAGGUGAACAAAAUUUGACUGCAGGUACAGUUCUGUCCAUAGCUUCAUUUCUUUUUAAGCUUCCUUCUACUAAAAGUGUACAAAUGGUAGAUCUUUACUUGAUAUGUACUAACGAAUUGAACUAUAUAUCUCUAUAAUAUCUAUUUUUUCAUAACUCGAAAGAUUCUAUCAACAAAAAUGUACAAAAACCAUUGAUUGUAGUACCUGUUUGAAGAAUUAUAAUAUAUAUUUAUUUAAAAGAUUAUUUUAAAAAUGUUAAAACUGGAUUAAAACAGUUCGAAGUUUUAGAUCCGAGGAACUAAAGACUUCUACUGGAACCAAGUUCUGGUAAACAACCCAAAACGAUGAACUAGAAGAAGACUAGGGGGAAUCUAAAAUUGCAUUCCACGACCUGUCUAUUCAUCUAGGUAAAAAUUUCAACGAAUCUAGGUUCCCUGUACUCAGAUAGUAAUAAAACUAAUAGUCCUUGGGUCCACAUAUAAAAUUAUUAUUUAUGACCACACCGUCGAAACUUUUUGUACUUGUUAUUUGGGCGGAGUCGGACAAAUUUUGAGCUUGGCGCAUUAUGGUAGUGGGGCGUUUGUCUCUCAAGCUGUCACGAAGUUGUCAAUUUUAUGCAAGAAAAAAAUGUAUAACCGCAUUGUUCACUUUAUUGUAAUCAAUGGUUUUUAUCAUAUAAACAGCGAAAACAAUUUUGUCGGACAAAAAUAUUGGGCCAUAUGACACGUCGGACACGCUAUAUAUGUGAAAUUUAUGAAAAUAAUAAAUUUAUUACCACAUGGCUAAUUUUAACAAAAUCUACCAUAAAACCUUUUUACAAUAAUGUGGUAACCUUGUCGGACAAUUUUCACGGGGCUUAUGCGCAUUUUUCCGACAAAAAUAGGAGGUUAUAAGUAAUUAUAUUCUAAAUAAAAAAAUCUAAGUACGACAAAAAUAUUGGGGCAAAUCGACAGUCGGACAAAAAAUUUAAUUUUUAUUAGUAAAAUAUACUUUUAAACUAUGUGCAUCCCUUAUCUUCACAACCAUUUUUCCGACAAAAGUAGUAGGUUACAAGUAAUUAUAUUCUUAAACAAAAAAUGUAAUUAUCUGACAAAAAUGUUAUGGCAAACGAACAGAAAACUUAAUUCUUUUAGGUUAUCAACGUCCUUAAGAGGAGGCAUUGUCAAAAAAAUUUUAAAACAGUUUUUCUCGGUUACUUUUGAAUCAAUUUAGCUGAAAAUUGGUACACAACAUAGAGUUGUACCCAAAAUUUUCCGACAAGAGGGAUAAUUUUGGAAAAAUUUUGAUCUGAAAAUUUGUGUACAUACUCCUUGAACAAUGACAAACAUCUUUCUGUAGUUUUUUGUCUCGAAUUUUCAAAAAAAAAAUCCGACGAGGGAAAAUUUCGGAAAAUUUUUUGUCCCAUUAUUUUUGUCCGACAAGUGAUCCAAUAUGCA